AUGGAUUCACAUCUACCCGUAACUAGCACCACCCCGAACCCGCAACACGAUACCACCGAGACCCAAUUCACUUUCCCUUAUUAUCAGGUUAUAUCAGACCUCUCAAUUGCAAUUGCAGAGUUCGAGCUUGAGAAAGUCUUUAAAGACCUAUAUACGGGCAUUCAAGUCGAAACAACCCUAGGAUGGACGGCCGCUGAUACGUUGAAAUUGGUGGAUGCUGCAAAGAGGGAAGCUCUUUCGAGCGGGAGAUUCGAAGGUAGAGGUAGUGUUUUGAUAUCUGCAAUUGCUACAUCUGAGCUUGCAAAUGCAAAUGAAGCGUUGACUGGUGCAUUCUGGCUAGCCUCUAUUUCUGGAGGAGUCACCCCACAGGCCUUCGGAUUCGGUGGUGGGACUAUGGCACCAAAUGAACCCGUGUCAGACUUGAUUACAAGAUGCAGCCGCUACCUCUCCUGUGUGAGCUCCGUUGGAUGGGCCCGUUUUACCCUCCUCACCCUCUCUACCGCAUUUCGGCACGCCGCCAAACACCUCGAUCCAGACCAGUGGGAGAAAUUUAGCCGAUUGAUCGGAGAAAACAAGGGCUCAUUCGAGCUCAUUUCAAGACCGUACGACUAA